UCGACAAUCUGCGACGGCACACAAAAUUCCGAGGACCAACCUGAUGCGUUAUAUUGCAGCAUUUGAUGGUGCGAGCAUCGACGUUAGUACUGCCAAUGCAGAUGUAAUGAAGAAUUUGCUGGCUGAAAGCACGACGAUGGGCACAAAAGCAAUCUUCAACAUCGAACAAGAGAAGGCGCUGAUAAGCUACAUUCUCCAGGCCAGCGACAUCAACUAUGGAAUUAGUUUGAUGGAGCUUCGUAAGCCCGCGUAUGAAUUUGCUCGGAAAGUUGGCGCGAGUAAGGAUUGGCAGUUGGCGUUCAUGAAACGCCACAAAAAUUUGUCACUGCGAACACCAGAGCAAGUAAGCCAGAACCGUGUGAAGCGAUUCAACAAAGAGAAUGUCGAUGCAUUCUUUGCCAACCUUUCAUCCGUUCUCGGUAAGACGCCGUUUGAACCUCACCGAAUAUGGAACAUGGAUGAAACCGGGGGCCCGACCGUGCCAACCAGACCUGUCAAAACCAUCGCGCGCAAAGGACAAAAGCAGGUCGGCUCAUCAACAUCUGCCGAAAAAGGCACCAAUGUGUCUUUGGCUUUGGCCGUCAGCGCUAGUGGCCAGUCUAUACCGCCAUUCUUCCUCUUUCCCCGAGUCAACAUGAAAGAGAUUUUUAUGACUCAUGCGAGUCAUGGCGCUGUUGGUAUUGCGAACGGUUCUGGUUACAUGAACUCUGACGUAUUCCCUCAAUGCAUGCGUCAAUUCAUCAAGCACACCGGUGCUAAUGCCGAUUCGCCAACCAUGUUGCUGCUGGACAACCACGGUUCGCAUUUAUCGAUCGAGGUGAUAGAUUUGGCGUUGGAUCAUGGCAUCACGUUGCUGUUUUUUCCGCUGAAAUGCACGCACAAAAUGCAGCCGCUAGAUGUUGCGGUAUUUGCACCAUUUAAAGGCAUGAUGACCGUGAAGCAUGAUGCAUGGAAAAAGUCAAACAUUGGUGUCACUUUCUAUCUGCAUCAUGUGCCGCUCCUUGUCGAUCAGUGCCUCUAUGUUAUGUUAACGCCGAAAACCAUCAAAUCCGGCUUCCGAACAACUAGCAUCUACCCGUUCAACCCGCAAAUUUUUACUGAAGUUGACUUUGUAGCUUCGGAACUGAGCGGCGAAAAUUUGUUCGGUGACGAAGAGAAAGACGCCGACAAUCAACGUCGAGUUCUUGCCUCUGGUAAUGCCAUUGUGACUGCUGCGAAUGAGGAGGUGUCAACGUCGGAGGCAUCGACAAGUUCCCCAGCUUCAACAAGUGGUGCUGCAUCAUCGUCGUUGUCUCUUGUUUCGGCUCCACAGCUCCAAAUGGAUGCAAGAUCGUUUUAUGGAAAUUUAAGAUAUGUAAAUGUAGUCGAUAAUGGGCUUCAAAGCGAUGAUGAUUAUAUAUCCGAAUCAGAUGAAGAAGUUGUUGGAGCACAAGUUUCUGGCCAGGAAGAUGUAUAUAUAUCGGAGACCGAUGAAAGCAGUUCCGAAGACGUAUAUGAUGAGCCUAGUAGCUCAAACGCAAAACGCGCUAAAAAAUCGAAACCACCAAACUGGAAAGAAAAUAACUUGCCCCCGUAUUUAAGUGAAAACUUUCCAUUUCAAGGAGACAUGGAGCUUCCAAGUUUUAUCGAUGAAUUAGAGACGCCAGCGGAGUUCUUUCAAUUUUUCUUUGACGAAGAUUUGAUAAACUUUAUAGUUGAACAAUCGAACAUACUUGCGCUGCAAAAAGACAUAAAUAAGCCGGCAAAUAUUACUAAGAGCGAAAUAGAGCAAUUUAUAGGCAUAGUCUUAUACAUGUCUUUGAUGAAAUUACCAUCGUCGAGGCAUUAUUGGGAUACUACAGUUGGCCAAGAAUUUGUACGCACCAUCAUGACUUGCAAUAGAUGGGAAAACAUUAAACGCAUUUUGCAUUUCAACAACAAUGAGGAUAUGAAAUCGCCAGGUGAAGAUGGAUUUGACAAGCUGUUCAAAGUUCGACCACUUCUAAAUAAAACCCGUGAAAAGGUACUGCUCAUACCAAAAGAGGAGCAACUGGUUGUGGAUGAGCAAAUAAUUCCCACAAAGUGCCGACAUCAUCUAAAACAAUACAUUCCGGCCAAACCGCACAAAUGGGGUUUCAAGAAUUUUGUUUUAAGUAGAGUUUCAGGAUUUAGCUACGAUUUUGAUAGAUUUGCUGGAGCACAAAGUGAUAAACAUCCAGAGGGAUCACCGAAUCUGGGAAUCAGCGGAAAUGUUUGUCUUUGGGUACGGUAAGACUUAACCGAGUCCCUUACUGUAAGAUGCCGACGGAAAAGGAAUUGAAAAAGUUGGGGAGAGGCAGCAUGGUGGAGAAGGUAACUAAAAUCGACGGGGUCAAACUUGGCCUCGUUUCUUGGUUUGACAAUAAGGUAGUAAAUAUUAUUUCAACUUUCGUUGGAAGCCAACCUAUAUCCACAAAGACACGUUUUAGUAAAAAAGAGAAAAAGUAUAUUGAAAUUCAUUCACCACAGUCUGUCGACGUUUACAAUAAUUAUAUGGGCGGCGUAGACUUGCUUGAUUCACUACUUGGUCUUUAUAGAAUUCAUUUACGCACUAA